CAACCAGGUCGAACUCCAUCCGUGAGUGACUCCGAGGAAACGAGCGUAUGGUCCCUAGUUGAUUACUUGACAGCUAUCUACCACAGACCAAUCUGCUAGAGUUUUGCAGAAUGGAGGGAGUUCAUGUCAUGGCUCAUCAGCCGCUCGGGGGCAAGCCUUUGUUGCUUGAUACAGCGCAUGAGCGUCAUAUGAGACCAUUGACAGACACGGAUAUUUUCCAGCUGUCCCGAAAGAGAUUUCGGUCCCCGGCUCAGCUCAUCCUCUCCUGGAUUGUGCAGCAGAAUAUCUCUGUGGUGCCCAGGACCAGCCGGAUCACACAUCUAACAGAGAACAUGAACCUGAAGCGGUUGUCCACCGAAGAAAUGGUUGCCAUGUCGCUGAUUACUAGGAUGGUGGGAGAAUUCCGUUUCUCGGACCCUCGCCACGAACUUGGAUUUGAUAUCUUUGAUGAAGAAGAAGAUCAGCCGGCGAAGGAAUGGUGGGAGGAGCCUUUGAUAAAAACCAAUCCUGAGCUUCUCAUGGUCAUGUGAGCUUCUGAUGGUCUAGCUCAGGGAUAGCUCUAGAUAGCACGAUGUAUAUGUUUUUGCAGUGGUUUCGGUACUGUGACGUAUACCUGCCUGGAUAUCGGUAUACCUGUAGGUCUGGAAACAUCCCCGCCAAAGUCCUGCCUCAGGCAUACGAGGAACCCCGCCCACGGGCGAAAAAAAGCUUAUCGAUGUAGUUGAGUUAUCGUGCGUCACCCGC